GCCAUCGACAGAUCGUCGAUCGAGCGAGCGAGCGAUCAGUCACUUGCGGGAAUGGACCCCACAAGCUCGCGCAUUCGUCGAUGAAAGUGGAGUCGUCGUAAUAGUUCGCUCGCUCGCUCCCUCGUUCCCGGGUCUCCUCUGGUGGUCUGAUCGGGGCUCUGCUCUGCUCUGCUGCCCCCCAGCUCAUCCAUCACUCUCACUCCCUUCACUGCCCUCGUCUCGAUCUCUCAGCUCAGCUCGCCCUCACUCACUCACUCACUCUCUCUCGCCCGCACCAUCUGUCCGGAGUUCAGACCUCUCUCGUCACUUCAGCUCACUUCAGGUCAGCUCAGCUCUGCUCAGCUCAGCUCAGAGCAGCUGAACUCGAUGAAAUCAGUCAGUGCAGUGACAGGAGUAGCUUCAGAGAGCUUAAGACCGAAAAUCAUGGAGCAUCUCUAGCAGUCGUCUCGUGAGCAAGAGUGGCCAGAUACUUCGCAGGUGUGUCUGCUGUGCUUGCUUGAACGCAUUGAGUCGAGACGCAUGUUUGCAGUGAGCGAGUUUUGGUAAUCGACGGAAAGGAGGUGAGGAAGCGAUCCCCCAUUAGCGUCAUCAUCGUCGGCGGCGGAGGCGGAAGGAGCAGCAGCGAUGAGGUCGCAGGCAAUGGUGGUGGCGGUGGUCUUUCUUCUGGUGGCAGCUGCUGCUGCGUCGGGUUCGGAGGACAGGAAGCUGUCGCCCUUCGUUCGCAGGAAUCUGGUGCAGCAACAGAGCAGCCGGGCGCAGGUUCAUCCAGCCCGGGGUCAUUACUUCGGCAAGCACCCGAGGCGUUUGGCGGACGGGGAUUGCACCGCGAAUCCUGCAGUUUGCGCUGCGGGCACGCAGUGCUGCGACGGCAUCUGCGUGGACCUGAGCUCGAACAUGAACAACUGCGGGCACUGCAGGUACAAGUGCAGCUUCAGUCUGGGAUGCUGCGGCGGCUCGUGCGUCAAUUUACAAACUGACAGCUCGAAUUGCGGAGCUUGUGGAUCGACGUGCACCACGGCAGCUUGCUCGAUGGGGCUCUGCGCGUACGCUGGGUAGAGCUCCAAUUCUGCCAUCCGCAUGCCAUCCUGAAGCUUCUGCUGUCAGUCACACGAACAGACCCAAACAGAACUGAGCUGCACUGAAAUGCACCGAGCCGAGCUGCCAUGGACUUGGAAUAUGGACAAACGCCCAGGUAUCUCAAUAACCUUUCCCGGAGGCCAAUGCCUCCGACCUCAUGACCAGCAGGAAAUUGGUGGACACGAUUCGGAUGGGGCGUGAUCCAUGUCGCUAGUUUGUGAUGGCUGUCUGAGCUUCGGUCCACUUUUUGCCUUGCAAGGAAUGCUGAAGCUAGCGAUAUCUACAAUUAUAGGAAGUACAAGCGUAAGUGUCCGAGAGUAUAAUUGGGAUAUGAAGAGUAUUGUUUCUGUGAAUUAGCAUGCUAGCAGCGGUCAUGUUUUCUCCGUCUCUUGGAUAAUAAAGCUUGUGGGUCACCGCGCACCGCGUACUGAAUCCAAGGCAUUCCUUGGA